AUGGCACUCCCCUACAUCCUCGCGCGCAGGUCAUACAACCUUGGGCGGUCCACGACUCUGCCGCUGCUCAUCUUCAAUUUCGUGCUGGGGCUUUUGGUACUGGUCCAGGGCUGCCUGUCGUUCCAGACCACGGAUGUGCGACACAUCAUGCUUGGGCUGGUGUGCCUAGUAUUCGGGCUCAUCGUGUGCGUGAUGGAGUUCCUGCACUGGGCGGUGUUCCGGAUGCACGCGUCCUUCCUCUUCUCGUUCUUCGGGCGCGGGCUGUUCUACUUUAUGUGUGGGUGCCUGACAAUCGACAGCAAUGCGGCGCAGCUGGGCAUCGGCAUCGUGCUGGUUGUGUUUGGCGUCAUCUACAUAUGCCUGACAUUCGUAACCUCGCUGUACUUUGACGAUCCCGAUGACGAAUACGCUAUGGUGAUCUAUAACAUGCAGCACGGGUUCUACGAGGGCAAGCUGGGGCACGACGGGCUCGGCAAAAAGUCGGGCCACUCGAUGGGCAUGUUCUCGGGGCAGGGCAUCAGCAGCGAGACGUACACGCCGUCGGGGUCGCUUGCGCUGCAAUCGGCAGGAUUCAGCUCGGCCGACGUGCCGAAGCGGUCCACAAGCAACUCGGGCACGCGCUACCCGACGCAGCCUGCAGCCGCCUACCACAUGCAAUCUUCUGUAUAA